AUAAUACCUUAGCAACUCUGAGCGACCUAGACGACGGAAGGGAAUUGUGGUCAAACAAGUCACAAUUUCCGAUUAUAAUUGUUACCUGCGAUAAGAAAGCACCCUUGUGUGGGGGAUAUACACUUCACAAGACAAAAUGACAACCAUAGCUUUCGGAGGAGGACCUAGUCUUGAUCAAAGGCGUUCAUUCGCAGCUCUCAGAGAUGGAACUCAUGUGCCGGGUUACCGAGGAUACUGUCCUCAAAUCAAGUAUAGAGUAGGAAAAACUUACGGAACAGACAGUCAUGAAUUGGCCCAGGAUACCAUUCACCUGGAACCGGCAUCCGUUUUAUCUGAGGUACCCAUGAAGCCAAUCACAAGAAACAGACUACCAGAAUCAACGGGAGACAAUAAAUAUACAGAAAAAAUGGUUCCUGGAUACACAGGUUAUAUCCCUCGGAUGCCAUUCAAAUUUGGAAACACAUACAAAGAGGACUGCGACUCUUGUAUAGACGAAUACCUCACUAAUAGGAACUUUCAUGAUACCAAAUCUGUUGACUUAAAAAGACAAGUUGGCAGCUAUCCUCGGCUGACCUCCAUCUCUCAGGACCCAGAGGUCAGAGACAGGCUCAAUUUGUACAGAGACACUCACCCCAGCAGACCUGUUCUUGUGGAGGAUCGCCGGUCACUGACAGAACCACCAAUUCCUGGAUAUUGUGGAUAUAUUCCAAGAAUAAAGACCACUGAGCAAGGACUGGGGGCCCGCUAUCACAAGUCCACAAAGAAUGGAUUAGAACUAUUUGCUCAAGAAACUGCUUCAGCUUCUCAGAGGUUAACAGGUCAAAUGCCAGCCUCUUUAGACAGUGUACCAGAGCGUGUUUUUCAAGGAACACAGUCUGCUUCUACCCGUCGUUUGUAUCUUACUGAUGGUAUGAUUCCCAAGUACACUGGAUAUGUUCCACAGAGAAGAUAUGCAUUUGGCAACACUUAUGGGGACACAACACGAGGAUUGGAAGUCUGCCAUCACCCAAAUGGUUCAUUCGGAAAUUUCCUCCGAUCUAAAACCUUUGCUAACUGAAACAGCAUUACACUCCCAACAUCAAAAUAAGAGAACAGUGAUGGACAAAAUACUCUUGUGCCAAGAAGACAGUGCAAAGACUGUUGCAAAAUGCUGUUCUAUCUACAUGUACUUAUUCAGAUUUUUAUGUAUACAAAUUCCUAUUUUAACUGUGCCUUCUUAAAAAGCUGUAACGAGAGCUUCUUUUUAACUCUUUUACUUGCUGUUCAAGUUUUGCCUUUGUCAAGUCCAUUCUUUUUUUCCCACUUUUUGUUCGUUUCUUCAUACGGUGUUUGUUGACUGGAUACUAAAGACUCUUGCCCCUGUUAAACAUGACUUUUCGUAUCUCUAUGGCUGUGAACAGAAAUGUCAUAUGAGUAUUGGGGAUGUAUAUUCGUUAGCAUAUGUUCUGUUUUGUGUUCUGUUACAAAGUCUGCUGUAUUAACAAAGUAUUCUAACUCAUUGUGAUAUAUAUAUAUUUAUUUACCCCUUCGUUAACUGUGUUAUCUGUAUGUAUUUUAUUUCAUCCACUGAUGAAUGUUACACGUUUAAAGAGUUUAUCAUCUCCGUCAUGGACUGCAAGAAAUUGUGACUAUCAUGUAUUACUCUAAAUACUGGAUUCUUGUGUGUUUAUUGCAUAAUGAAAAGGAAGCACACUCCCUGACAUUUUUUCAAAGAUGUUAUUUGAGGGACUUUCUUGAGCUGUAUUCGAAAGAUUGUCAAAAGAAUGAUAUAAAAGAUUAAAGACUUUCACGUUU